GUCAUUGCUUCAGAAGCAGACGAUGUGUGUGAAUUUACACCGAAAACAGAAAAUGCAAAUUCAUCAGUCUUGAAUUGGAAUUCCGCCCCUUCAAAAGCAAAAACCGAUAACAAUUUGGAGAGUCUGAAAAGAUCAAUUUUUUUGACAGCUCUGAUAGAUAAAGUUUGCCAUUAGGCUUCUAUGCUUUCUUCAGUACAGUCUUUGAGGAUGACAACAACUGGUGCUAGGUGGGCAGCAUGUGCCCUUGAAGCUUGCAAGGCUGGGGCAGAAUCUGAUUCUCGUUUUGAUGGUGUGGUGUUGGUUUCAGAUUCUCUGAACAAUACUUCAAGCCAUGCUGAGCAUUUGCUGCAACAAAGCAAAGUUGAUGCUGCGUUUGAAGAGGAAGGUGGUGUAGUUGCCACUUCUCAUUCCACUGGCAGGACUGUUUAUGCCCCUACUGGUGCUCUCAAUAAAGAUUUCAGUGAUGUAAGAAGCUAUGGAGAAGCUGCUGAAAAGGGAGUAAAGAGAGCUCUGGCGGCUGGAAUCAAGCGACCUUUGCUCUCGCUGCUCCCUGUUUCAAACAAUCCAUUGUACAAACACGGAAAUCUAGUCAGCGUACUUGGAGCUCUGCAGGCAUUAUAUGUGCCGUUGGAAAUUCGAGAAUGCAUUCCUGCGAAAGCAAAUAAAGCCGAAAUUCUUGGUUUGGACUGUCCGGCUGCAGAGUCAGUUCGUAAGCUUGCCUUGGCAUUGGAGAGCGGAAGAAUUGCUGGAAGGGAUAUUGGUGGAUCCGAUCCUGAAAGAAUGGCCGCUCCCCGAGUGGAAGAAUACGUCAGAGAGCUCUUCCAAGGAAGUUCAAUCAGCGUAGAAGUGGUGUCUGACGUUAAAACUAUCGAAAAGGAAUAUCCGCUUUUUGCAGCCGUUAAUCGAUGCGCCAACGAUGUUGAUCGACAUGCUGGUCGAGUGAUUUAUCUUCGCUACAAAGGAUCGGGACCUAUCGAAAAGACCAUUUAUUUGGUUGGUAAGGGCGUGACAUACGAUACUGGUGGCUGUGAUAUCAAGGCUGGAGGUAUAAUGGCGGGUAUGCAUCGUGAUAAAUGCGGUUCGGCCGCAGUCGCAGCGUUCAUGAAAGUCGUCGAUGAGUUGAAACCAGCCAACGUUGAAGUUGUUGGAGCAAUGGCCAUGGUACGCAACAGUGUUGGAUCAAAUGCCUACGUUUCCGAUGAGAUUAUCACUUCUCGAGCCGGUAUCCGCGUCCGUGUAGGAAACACUGAUGCCGAAGGAAGAAUGGCCAUGGCCGAUGUUUUGUCCAAGUUGAAAGAUGAAGCCGUGAAGGCCAUUAACCCACAGCUUAUGACAAUUGCAACGCUCACUGGACAUGCCUAUUUGACGGUGGGUGAACCGUAUUCUAUCAUCAUGGAUAACGGACCUGCUGCUCGUCAGCAAGUCUCACAGAAAGUCCAGGAAGCUGGAAUCCUUUUAGGCGAUAUGUUUGAAAUCUCAACCAUUCGCAAAGAGGACUAUGCAUUCGUUAAGGGCAAAUCGGAGUAUGAAGAUAUUUUGCAGUGCAACAACUUGCCGUCGUCUCGCACUCCACGUGGUCACCAAUCCCCAGCCGCAUUCCUUAUUAUGACAUCAGGGCUAAACAAGCACGGUAUCGAUGGAGCUGUGCCUAUUCCGUAUUCGCACUUGGAUAUUGCAGGAUCGUCUGGACCAUUCCCUGGAAUUCCGUCCGCCGCUCCUGUUCUAGCCCUCGCGCGUUAUUACCUACCACAGUUUUUCCAAUGAAUUCAUUAGGAUAUUACUUUGGUUUAGUUUAAUUUUUUUCCCUUAAUUUUUUACUCGGAUUCAAUCGAGUCACACUUGUUGUAGUCAAGUAUUUUUUUUAAUGGGAAUGUUGAGGGGUAUAAACGAAGAGAUUGAAGUAG